CACGUCCAAGAUAGCCCCAGAUUCCAAUAGCAUACAUCAGAGGAUUCAAAGGGCCGCUCUUCACAUCUCAAACUAGUGGGUGCAUAUUCAGAGACAUCUGCAGAGGUUUGGCAACACUUGUUCCCUGUAAAUGAAUGACCCUGAGGUUCCAGAGGAAGAGCUCUCAGAAGACGAGAACCAGGACUAUGCAGAACAGCGACAGGAUUCAGGUUUAGAUAACAGGGAUGAGGGUGAGGAAGGAGAGACGGGGGCCGAGGUGGAGGGAGAUGAUGAGCUGAGAUGGGGUUGGGCUUGUCUUCCUGACGUCUGUCUGCGCCAGGUGUUCUCGUCGUUGCGGGACCGCGACCGCGUCAAGGCGAUCUUGGUGUGCCACCACUGGCACAGCGUCAUGCGCUCGCCCUCCCUCUGGAGGGUCCGGAGCUUCGUCUUCUCCGGCCGCAUCUCCAGAACACGCCAGUCUGAGCUGGAGAAGGCCGUGUGCUAUGCCAAGACUUACGGCCGGUACCUGGAGGAUCUAGAGAUCCGCUUCUCCCACCCACUCAACUCCCUGGUGACCCGGCGCUUCCAGCAGACCCUGAGAACAUUCCUCACCGCGCUGCGUAAAACCGGCGGAAGGCUACGGUGCCUGACCAUCAACCACAUGGAGCUGGACCGUGCCACCUGGUGCAGCACCGUACGCAGCGCCCUGGUGCGCAGCCUCGCCUUCUACCUGCGCCGCGAGGGCUCCCAUCUGGGCUACCUGAGCCUGCGCGGGGCCCGCUUCAACCUGCCCCAGGGCCUGGAGGUGCUGGAGGCCGUGGCUGCAGCGCAGCAGCACGUCCACCUGGCCUGCAGGCCGGGCAUCACCAACCUCAACCUGGAGGACUUCUUCUCCCAGCCACUUCCCGUCUUCAGCUGCCUCACCUUCCCCAGUGUCGUGAGCCGCUUCCAGGGCCUCUGCACCCUCAGCGUCAACUACAGCUGCGUGUCCAUGGAGCUGCUCGAGGCCCUGGCGGCUGGGUGCAGGAGCCUGCGCGGGGGCGGAUCCCUGCGGACGUUCGCCAUACGAUGCCACGUCCACGAGCCCCAUUUCCAGACGGUGUGGGGGGACGCCUGGUUCCGGCUGGCCCGGGGCUGCCCCGAGCUCCAGGUUCACGUCAGCGUGGAGAGGAUCCUGAACGUGGAGCCGCUGAGGAGGAUCCUGCUCAGAGAGAUCCCGCUGCGCUCGCUCAGCCUCACCAGCUGCUACUUUGGUGAACAGGACUGGAGUGCCAAGCCGGUGCUCACCAACCUGCUGCCCUGCUACAGUGGCUCUCUGCAGAGACUGACCCUGGACCUGAAUAACAGCCACGAGUCUGUGGAUGAGGAGCUGCUGGACAUUGUGCUGCGCUGCCAGCAGCUGGUCUACCUGAAGAUCUGGGCCUUCCUGAACAUCAGCUUCCUGGAUCGGCUGCUGCAGAAACGCCUGGACAAGCAGACCAGCAUCCACACCAUCAAGGUGAGGAUCUACACCACCAAAUAUGAGACUCAGGAAGAAGAUGAAAAGCUAGAGGAGGUGUACUCUCGCUACAGACAGCUCAUCCACUCAGAGCUCCACUACUUUGCCAUUUCCUACCCAAUGCUGUGACUGCUGCCUGACCGCCACACGAUAUGCCCAGAGAGACAGUCUGGAAUAGCACCAGGUGAAGGAGUACCAAGGACACCAACAUAAAGCUGGCUGAAAAUACUGCAUUCCACUCCCGGAUGCGCACACACAAACACGCACAUACAAUCCAAACCUCUGAACCUCAUGUUUUAU